GGGAGAGAGAGAAACGCGACUGGGGUGUCGGUGGGAGGGAUUAUUCCUAGUACGUCCAUCGAUUUUCAAAGUCUACAUUUUCAGUUAGGUUAAGUAGUAGAUUCAGGUUCACUCUCAUCAUAGUCUAUCCAAGAGCGCACGGACGGGCACGGGAGCGCACCGCAUCCCAACCGUCGCUUGUACCACCACUCGCACCUGAUGAGAAACAUCUUAGUUCCCAUCCUGAAUACACAAACUGCCAGUUUAGUUGCGCAAACGCUGCGGAGGAGCUUCAUAAAUCGGAGUUGAGUUCGUUGGUUUUCUAUUAUUUAAACACCUGACUAAGUUUGACCAUUUGGAGAAAAAUUCGAACAUCAUUCCAAGACCAAUCCAGUUGGAUUUAAAGUUAUGGCAUUAUCAAUGCUGCGCAGCGGUUUGCUUUUGCUGUGUCUGACAACUAUCCAUACUUGCCAUGGUGGCGGACAGGUUUGUAGUCUUCGCACCUUAUCAUCUGUGUAUGGUAGGCAACAUGUUUAUUACGCUUAGAUAUGCGUAAUUUUGAAGAAUAUUUUGGUGGAAAAGUUAUUGUUUUUUUCCUCAACAACAACCCAUGUUGCAAAAGUUACUCUAGGCUACAGUUAAUUAGCUCUCUUCAGAGCUCUUUAUGUUACGGUCAGUAAAGGAGGCUACAUUAACACGUAUUAAAAUGUCUUGCAGUGUUUUGUUAACUGUAAACGUAGUCCUUCGUGUUCUUCCUCAGACAAAACAAACCAUAACUUGGAAUUGCUAUCCAUCCCUGGUAUGUUCUAAUGUAAAAAGGUUUAGCCAUGAUUUGAACAUGUAGGCUAUUAUUGUCCAUGUCCUCAUCACAAAUGAGUAAGGACUGUGUUUACAGGAUUAAACAAAUAUCCCAUUGAGGAAGGGAAAUUACACAUUGAAAGUUUAUAAGAUGGAAGCCAUGAGCACUGACUCAUGGAUGCCUUUUGGCAUCUUUGGCCAGGAGUCUAAAACAAGCCAUCUGGAUAUGAGUCCACUGUGUGUGUGUGUGUGUGUGUGUGUGUGUGUGUGUGUGUGUGCAGGGCUCCAGAUUGCGACCAUUUAGUUGCAUUUUAGUUCAAUUUGUAAUUGGUUGCAUCAGUGCGAACUCCACAUUCUACAUGGUCACCUCACUCAAAACGUUCUAUUUUUUAGGAGGCUAAAAUCAUGAUUUGGUCAAACAGUAAAGUUCAUUAUCCUCAUUGCUGUAAUGACAGUGUCUGCCUGCCAUCUACGUCUUUCGCUGGGGCCUGCUGCUGUGUGGAGCGAGUGUUCUGAUUGCAUAACAUGUAAAAAAAAAAUAUUGGGGGGAAACACCGCAGUCAACUGUCUCAGCUCUCAAUUUUGAGCUCAAUUGCAACUAUUUUACAAUAUAUUUUAUAUGGUUUGCGAUAGGCCUAUGGAGCUCGAAAAAUGCGCAUUGGCCAUUGAGAUUGCAUAGGCCUCAUUGGGCGGUAGGCUACAUCUGCAGUUUGUUUUGGACAUUGCACAUUUACUGUUAGAUUUAACAUUUAGAGUUAGCAAUCUAGCUAAUGUGUUUUGAGUUUCCACUUACUCAGGUGGUGAAUUAGCCCCAAAUAUACUGUAUUAGCCUAUGAUAUUAGUACACAUAAAGAUGCAGGCAAAUUCAUCUCCAUUGAACAAAAACAAACCAGAACAUUCUGGAGCCCUAUUUUAACAGUAAAAUAUAACCACAAUAGCAUGAUUGUCAACCCAAAGUGCAAGACAAUCACUGGAUUAGGUUGCACAUAAAAAUAUUUUGAAUAACAACAUGAAAAGAUGAUGAAACAACUUAUUUCUUGAAUAGCAUCUCAGUAGUCUAUUAUACAUUUUAAUAAAGCACUAUGAAUUACUUUAUAAGAUGAGACAAAUGUUUUCUAUUGAGUCACGUUGCAGAUUUUUUUGGGUGCGACCAAAUCAUGGGCUGGUGCCAUCAGGGGAAAAAUGUUAGUCUGAGCCCAUGUUUGUGUGUGUGUGUGUGUGUGUGUGUGUUGCUAGGAUGGAUAUGAGUCCACUACUGUGUCAGUUGGUGGCAUUUCCCUUUAGCCUGGGGGAGAGAUGUCAAAGAAAAUAAAAGAGCACAGGGAAAAAGUCUUAUUGAAACAUAGGGCCUACUCUUGGGAAAUGCCCCUCUGAGAAUGUACCUUUGUAAGGGCAGUUCUGCCUCAAGGGCAGAAUCAAUGUGAUUGGUUAAGUUUAGGAAAGUUAUUCCAGUACUCACUGUGGGCAUUGAUUGUCAUUUCAAGUAUGUAAGGUAUGCCCUCACUUGAGAAAUUACACUUUUCUACAGACUUGUUAAAUAUGAUUGAAAAGGAUUAGCAAACAGCCAUUUAUUUCACUGUUCUCUGAGAAUGCUCUCAAAUAGCUCACUGCUCAUGGCAUCCAGGCUAUGUGCUGAAGCUGAAUACAAAGCUGGUCCAUUCGGGGUUUGUUAUCCAAGGAGUCUGUAGGUGUAUCCCAAAUGGCACCCUAUUCCCUAUAUAGUGCAUUACUUUGAAUUGGCAUUGGUCAAAAGUAGUGCACUACAUAGGGAAUAGGGUGUCAUUUGGGACGCAACCUGUGUCUUUCCUGCCUUGUAAAUAGACAGAGCGCCAGGGUUUUGGACAGAGGUCUCACUGACAGACAUCUGUCAAACAGCUUUGGUGCAGCUGCUGUAUUGUCUGACACUGGAGAAGAAGGAUAACAGAGAGAAACAGAGAGAGACAGUGAGAGGUGCAUGGUGUGGCGGCCUCUCACAUGUUCCUCCAGGUGAAUGCCAGGAGGGGUUGGAGGGCUAGCGGAGACAGCUGUGGAUAGAAGGGUUCACAUGGGUUACUGACUGUACGGGAGGAAUCCUGUGUAUUACUUUAGAAGUAGUGUACACACAUCCAGUAACUUUAAGGGGCAGGUGCACUGUAUUGACCAAAAGGUCGUUGUCCGGUUCUUUCUUUCAGGAAUUCUGGGUAGGACUUACAGUGGGGAAAAAAGUAUUUAGUCAGCCACCAAUUGUGCAAGUUCUCCCACUUAAAAAGAUGAGAGAGGCCUGUAAUUUUCAUCAUAGGGACACGUCAACUAUGACAGACAAAUUGAGAAAAAAAAAUCCAGAAAAUCACAUUGUAGGAUUUUUUAUGAAUUUAUUUACUAUUGGCUCUCACAGACCUGUAACUUCUUCUUUAAGAGGCUCCACCGUCCUCCACUCGUUACCUGUAUUAAUGGCACCUGUUUGAACUUGUUAUCAGUAUAAAAUACACCUGUCCACAACCUCAAACAGUCACACUCCAAACUCCACUAUGGCCAAGACCAAAGAGCUGUCAAAGGACACCAGAAACAAAAUUGUAGACCUGCACCAGGCUGGGAAGACUUAAUCUGCAAUAGGUAAGCAGCUUGGUUUGAAGAAAUCAACCGUGGGAGCAAUUAUUAGGAAAUGGAAGACAUACAAGACCACUGAUAAUCUCCCUCGAUCUGGGGCUCCACGCAAGAUCUCACCCCGUGGGGUCAAAAUGAUCACAAGAACGGUGAGCAAAAAUCCCAGAACCACACGGGGGGACCUAGUGAAUGACCUGCAGAGAGCUGGGACCAAAGUAACAAAGCCUACCAUCAGUAACACACUACGCCGCCAGGGACUCAAAUCCUGCAGUGCGAGACGUGUCCCCCUGCUUAAGCCAGUACAUGUCCAGGCCCAUCUGAAGUUUGCUAGAGUGCAUUUGAAUGAUCCAGAAGAGGAUUGGGAGAAUGUCAUAUGGUCAGAUGAAACCAAAAUAUAACUUUUUGGUAAAAACUCAACUCGUCGUGUUUGGAGGACAAAGAAUGCUGAGUUGCAUCCAAAGAACACCAUACCUACUGUGAAGCAUGGGGGUGGAAACAUCAUGCUUUGGGGCUGUUUUUCUGCAAAGGGACCAGGACGACUGAUCCGUGUAAAGAAAAGAUGAAUGGGGCCAUGUAUCGUGAGAUUUUGAGUGAAAACCUCCUUCCAUCAGCAAGGGCAUUGAAGAUGAAACGUGGCUGGGUCUUUCAGCAUGACAAUGAUCCCAAACACACCGCCCGGGCAACGAAGGAGUGGCUUCGUAAGAUGCAUUUCAAGGUCCUGGAGUGGCCUAGCCAGUCUCCAGAUCUCAACCUUAUAGAAAAUCUUUGGAGGGAGUUGAAAGUCCGUGUUGCCCAGCGACAGCCCCAAAACAUCACUGCUCUAGAGGAGAUCUGCAUGGAGGAAUGGGCCAAAAUACCAGCAACAGUGUGUGAAAACCUUGUGAAGACUUACAGAAAAAGUUUGACCUGUGUCAUUGCCAACAAAGGGUAUAUAACAAAGUAUUGAGAAACUUUUGUUAUUGACCAAAUACUUAUUUUCCACCAUAAUUUGCAAAUAAAUUCAUUAAAAAUCCUACAAUGUGAUUUUCUGGAUUUUUUUUCUCAUUUUGUCUGUCAUAGUUGACGUGUACCUAUGAUGAAAAUUACAGGCCUCUCUCAUCUUUUUAAGUGGGAGAACUUGCACAAUUGGUGGCUGACUAAAUACUUUUUUCCCCCACUGUAUUUGUUAUUACAUUGGUCUUGUUGGGAGCACAGACAGUCAUCUGUGUGGAGUUGGAUUGGGAUUUGUUUAUAACUCUUUAGUUUAGCUUUAUUUUAUUUUAUUUGACCUCAUAACCAGGUGGCCACAUUCAUAUACUAAUAAUACCAUGAUAUGCAUGUUAUUGGGUCUUGUUGGGAGCACAGAUGGUCAUCUGUGUGGAAUAGGAUUUUGAUUUGUUUUGAUCUCUGAACUCACAACCAGGUCACUACAUUACUAUAAUAAUACUACAAUGAUAUAAAUGUUAUUGGUCUUGUUGAAAACACAGACAGUCACCUGUGCAGCUGUGAAAUUGGAUUGGGAUUUGUUUUGGCGACGGUUGUUUGGCGAAUGUCAAUAUUUGUAACCACAGCCACCACAGAACCCACCCACCACCAGACAUUUCAAAGUUGGAUUUGGCCUGCGUCCCAAAUGGCAACCUAUUCCCUACACUCUUAGAAAAAAAGGUGCGAUCUAGAACCUAAAAGGGUUCUUCGGUUGUCCCCAUAGGAUAACCCUUUGAAGAACCCUUUUUGGUUCCAGGUAGAACCCUAUUGGGUUCCAUGUAGAACCCUUUCCCCAGAGGGCUCUACAUGGAACCCAAAAGAGUUCUACCUGGAACCAAAAAGGGUUCUACCUGGAACAAAAAAGGGUUAUCCUACGGGGACGGCCAAAUAUCCCUUUUGGAACCCUUUUUUCUAAGAGUGUAUAUAGUGCACUACUUUUGACCAAGGCCCAUAGUGCUCUGGUCAAAAGUAGUGCGCUAUAUAGGGAAUAGGGUGCCAUUUGGGACGUAGCCUUGGCGUUGAUCGGGUGAUGUCAUGAACUACCACAGCUGCGCUUGGGUUGUUAAAUCAUACCUGCCUCUUCUCAUAUGUUAUGACGAUUACACGUACUGUGGAUUUUAUUGAUUUAUUGAAGCUUGCUCAUUUUAAUUGCGUAAUAAUACUGUCAUACUGCAAAUCAUGGUUUAUUUAUAUGCAAAGACAAAGAACAAAAUAAGUUGUGGCUUGUAAAACUGAAAGCCAGCACUCCCUAGUUUCACAUUCAUUGUUUUCCAGAACUGCAUGGACAAACACCACCAAGCACCAUAUACAUGUUCUUCAUGUUGUUUUCGUGUUUGACCAGUUAUAUUUGUAUUUAACUUCAUCUUAUGUUAACAUCACAGGAGGCUGCUGAGGGGAGAACGGCUCAUAAUAAUGGCCGGAACAGAGCAAAUGGAAUGGCAUCAAACACCUGGAAACCGUGUGUUUGAAGUAUUUGAUACCAUUCCACUCCAGUCAUUAUCACGAGCCCGUCCUCCCCAAUUAAGGUGACACCAACCUCCUGUGGUUAAUAUGUACUGUAUGUGUCUCUCUGUCUCUAGAACUGCAUGGAUAAACACCAGGUGGUUGGUGUUCUCCGUCAAAUGGAGAAGUUUCUGAAGGGACAGGAGAUGAGGUUCACAGAGGGACUACGCAUCAUGAAGUCCAAACUGGCAACCUUACAGAACUCUGUCUCCAAGCUGCCUCAGGCCGAUCAGUCAGCUGGUGAGUAGACAGAGAGGAUAACCAUUCUCCACCACUCUGCAGCACCUGAAAUGAAGCUCUUAUAUAGCCAUGUACAGAUCAGCCUAGGGGUUCUUUACGCUAUCUUGCUCUCUUACUCUAUCUCUAACUCUCUCUCUCCUCUAUAGCAGCUGAUCAAUGAUUCAUCAAUAGAGAAGAAAAUUGGAGCACAUUGAAGGACAAUGGAAGUAGAUUUCAGAAAUUCUUCUUUAUUAUUAAAACCAGCAAUCUACUUCAAUUGUCUUUCGAUUUACUCCACUUUUCUCCUCUAUUUAUGCACCUUGGUUAGAGAGCCACAUAGCCUAAAGAUCACCUAGCCUGGGCCUGGCCUACUUCCAUUGUCCUUAAGAGUGGCUGAAUAUUCGUCUCUCUACUGCGGAGACAUAACAUCCUAACCAGAGGGGAAGGGGAGGAGUGUUAUCGGCUAGGGAGUAGUGUGUGGUCUACCAUCAUUGACUUUUGGGGAAAUGAUUGUAUUGUUUACUUGUUUACCAUAAUGUGCAUUGAUGGGAUCCACAUUCCCCCUUCCUGGUGUUGUGGUCACUAAAUCAACAAAAUAAGGAAACCGUUAGAUUUGAAGGUUUAGCUUAAAGUUCAAGUUUCCCACUGAAACCCAAGCUUCUACAUAGCACUUAAAUGACAUGUGAACUCUCUUCGACCUGCUGUUGACCCUUUAGUACAUAAACCUCAGGAAGUGUAUUGGGUCAAUGUGGAAAUCGUUGGUCUUGUAGUGGUUUUGUGCUUGUCCAAACAGUUUACCUCUGUCCUUUUGGAUCAACGUUUUUUCCUCACCAGACAACAAGUUAGGUUCAUCAGGGAUUUCUAUCAAAUUUAGCGAUAGCAAGUUCUAUUCUAUUAUUUUCAAUUCUAUUCUAUUUAAUUAUAUUAUAUUCCUGUGAAAAUGGAUGAAUAGAGUCAUUCAUCAGCUGCUAUAUUGAGGAGAGAGAGAGAUAGAAAGAUAGAGAAAGAGUAAAAGAGAACGAGAGAGAGAGAAAGAGAGAGAGAGAGAGAGAGAAAGAAUGCUCUCAUUUACAGCUCUUGGCAGCACAGGGAAAAGUAGAUACAAUACAUUUUCAGGCAACGCAAUCACUGUCCGGAGUCUGGACGAAAGAAAAACAGAUCAGAACGAAAAAUACUGUACUGCACUGUACUGUACCCCUGUUCUUUAUUGGUCGGUGAUUGUGUAUAUGGCUGUGAACCGUACAUGGAAAUGUUUUCCUCAAAAAUAAUCUCAUGAAGGAAACUAGCCACUGUUUAGCCAUGUGCUUGCAAUUACUUUAAAGAUCUCUCUUCUCCUGUUUCUGGUGUUGUAUAGUUAUACUGAGUGUACAAAACAUUAUGAACACCUGCUCUUUCCAUGACAUAGACUGACCAGGUGAAUCCAGGUGAAAGAUAUGAUCCCUUAUUGAUGUCACUUGUUAAAUCCACUUCAAUCAGUGUAGAUGAAGGGGAGGAGUCAGGUUAAAUAAUUAUUUUAAAGACUUGAGACAAUUGAGACGUGGAUUGUGUAUGUGUGCCGUUCAGAAGGUGAAUGGGCAAGACCAAAAAAUGAAGUGCCUUUUAACGGGGUAUGGUAGUAGGUGCCAGGCGCACCGGUUUGUGUCAAGAACUGCAACGCUGCUGGGUUUUUCACGCUCAACAGUUUCCCGCGUGUAUCAAGAAUGGUCCACUACCCAAAGGACAUCCAGCCAACUUGACACAACUGGAAGCAUUGGAGUCAACAUGGACCAGCAUCCAUGUGGAACACUUUCGACACCUUGUAGAGUCCAUGCCCCAACGAAUUGAGGAUGUUCUGAGUGCAAAGGAAUAUUAGGUAAUUGUUCUUAAUGACCUAGAGUAUGUGGACAACUACAAAUACCUAGGUGUCUGGUUAGACUGUAAACUCUCCUUCCAGACUCACAUUAAGCAUCUCCAAUCCAAAGUUAAAUCCAGAAUCGGCUUCCUAUUUCGCAACAAAGCCUCCUUCACUCAUGCUGCCAAACAUGCCCUCGUAAAACGGACUAUCCUACUGAUCCUUGACUUCGGCGAUGUCAUUUACAAAAUAGCCUCCAACACACUACUCAGCAAAUUGGAUGUAGUCUAUCACAGUGCCAUCCGUUUUGUCACCAAAACCCCAUAUACUACCCACCACUGUGACCUGUACGCACUUGUUGGCUGGUCCUCACUACAUAUUCGUCGCCAAACCCACUGGCUCCAGGCCAUCUAUAAAUCACUGCUAGGCAAAUCCCUGCCUUAUCUUAGCUCAUUGGUCACCAUAGCAACACCCACCCGUAGUAUGCGCUCCAGUAGGUAUAUCUCACUGGUCAUCCCCAAAGCCAACACCUCCUUUGGCCGCCAUUCCUUCCAGUUCUCUGCUGCCAAUGACUGGAACGAACUGCAAAAAUCUCUGAAGCUGGAGACUCUUAUCUCCCUCACUAACUUUAAGCAUCAGUUGUCAGAGCACCUUACCGAUCACUGCACCUGUACACAGCCCAUCUGAAAUUAGCCCACCCAACUACCUCAUCCCCAUAUUGUUAUUUAUUUUGCUAAUUUGCACCCCAGUAUCUCUAUUUGCACAUAAUCUCUUGCACAUGUAUCAUUCCAGUGUUAAUACUAAUUGUAAUUAUUUUGCACUAUGGCCUAUUUAUUGCCUUAUCUCCAUAACUUGCUACAUUUGCACACACUGUAUAUAUAUUUUAUAUUUUCUGUUGUAUUUUUGACUUUAUGCUUUGUUUUACCCCAUAUGUAACUCUGUGUUGUUGUUUUUAUCGCACUGCUUUGCUUUAUCUUGGCCAGGUCGCAGUUGUAAAUGAGAACUUGUUCUCAACUGGCUUACCUGGUUAAAUAAAGGUGAAAGAAAAUGUUUUGUACACUCAGUGUUUAUUAUCCCAUUAAAUUUGAUUUAAAAAAUCCCUUGAAUUAAUGAAUGCAUAAGGGUGGGGGAGGUUCUUACUGUGCUUUCAAUUUUAGUUCAAAAUUGAAAGCACAGUAAGAACAUUCCCUGCGUUUAACUGUACAAACAUAUGCCUGAAAGAUGAGGUAUGUUGGUUAUGUAUCAAAAUGCUGCUUCCUGCCAUACCUGUGUUCUAUAGCGGAUUUAACCUGCUACUUACAGUAUUUCCAUACAAUUUUACUUUGGGAGGUACAGUAUUAUGCAAUAGACAGGGUGUGGGGUGUUUAUCCCAAAAGCGUAGGCUGUACUGUACUAGGGGUCAAACGUCUUUAUUUUGAUACAGAUUUAGAAAAGCAGCACAUACUGAUCUAAUUACAUUAACACCUUGGCUUUCAAUUGUAAGUAGUAGGCUAAAUCCGCUAUAGAACACAGGUAUGGCAGGAAGCAGCAUUUUGAUACAUAACCAACAUACCUCAUCUUUCAGGCAUAUUUUUGUACAGUUAAACGAAUGGGAACAUUUGAUCAGUGGGUAAUUACAUUAACACCUUGGCUUUCAAUAAUGUACAUUUGUGGGAUUCUUUUCUAUUAUUGAUGCCAUUUUAUUCUUUAUGGGCCUAGUUUCUCUCAAUAAAAUGGUGAUUUGUUGAGAACUAUUUGAAGUAGCUGUUUUAUUUAGUUUUAGAGCUGGUAUUGUUGGUUUCCCCUCGCCUCCAGAACGGCUAGUAGCAGUAAUCUGUUGGAUUAAAUGAGGCAUUGCGUCAGUCUUUUCCCAUGAAGUGGUCCGAGAGUCCUACAGUACCAACAGUACCCGGUUGACAUGUGUAUGUCCUCAGGCACUAAAUACCACAGGAUGCUGGGUGCACGACUCCAUAUGCAUACAUGUCUGACAAUCUUCUCUCUCCUUCUCUCUUCCUCCCCCUCUCUCCCUCUACCUCCCUCUGUCCUCCCUCCCUCCCUCUUCUCUCUCUACCUCAGCUCCCUCUGUAUGCCCCUCCCUGGAAGCCCCUGUCCACGGGCAGAAGUUUGGCUCCAAGUACUUCAUCGGUCAUGAGGUCCAUUUCACCUGUUCCCAUGGUUACCAUCUGGUGGGCCCCGGGACACGUGUGUGUCUGGAGAACGGGAGUUGGAAUGGUGUCAACACCAUCUGUAAAGGUACAUUACUGUCUGUCUGUCUGUCUGUCCAAAUAGGCAAUAUCGUCAAACACAUAUCACUUUAGGUGGUGCAGGGCCGAGGAAGACUUGAAGAGAUGGGACCCGCACACAUUGCACCACCAUACCUUUAUUUGGCAGUAAGUUAAUAACAACGUUCCAAUGUGUCUGUCCACUGUCUGUCUGUCCACCUGACACCAGAGCCCAUCUCACGCUUUACAUUGCAGUUUCCACCAAGACAACAUUUGGUCAGUGGCUAGUUUUGCUAUUUCCUACACAAACGUUCCUCUUUAAAAUGACUUUAGUUUACAGCAGCCAGUCACUGUAAAUUGUAAAGGUCACACCACUCCUCUUCUCCUGUUGUUAUUUCACUAGUGCUGCUGCCAUGGACUCUGUCCUCACAACGCACUGGAAUUUACUGCUAUUACUGUUAAUACCUUUAAUCAGCAGUCGGGGGACAGAGAGGGCGGCAGAGAGGGGGAAGGGGUGUUAGUAAAGAGUAAGUAGGGAUGGUUACAGGGAAAAAUGUUUACCACAUGCUAAUGUUAUAUCAGAGUGCAAUGGUGUAUUGAAGCCGUGUCUUCAAAGUAUGUGUCUGCACAGUGGCGAUCCAUCCAUUCACCUGUUAGUGCUUAGCUUUUACUACUGACAUCACUAUCACUUUAAACUCCCAUCCUGUUCUUCACAAUUUGGCCUAUGAAGAUUUUCUGAUAAACUGUGGUCAGAGUGGCUGCAGCGGCUACAAAAAUAUGGUUGGCUUACUGCAAUGUGACCAUGCACACUAAAUCUAGGCCGUGUUCAUUAGGGCAUGCAAUGUAAAAUGUUUAGCAACGGAAAAUGUGUGUUUUUCAUUGGACAAUUCCAGGUAGUCCCUCUCUUUUUCAGUCUGUUUUCUUUAAUUUGCUACCUAAUGAAAUUAACCCUGCAUUAAUUAUUGGGUUGUGCCAGACAGUGUACCCUCUACUACUCAGAGUUGAGCAACAAUAAAAAAGAAAUUGAGACAGACUGAAGAGUUAACAGACAGACAUUCCUGUAAGGAACUGCUCUGACUGAGCUUGUUUAGUUUGUUAGAAAGAACACUACUGUACAGAAAGCUGGCGUCUGCGACCCAGACCCUUUGUUGUCCUAGAAUCUAGAGUAGUCUGUUCAGACAGAGGGCCCUGUAGACUUGUAAAGAUUGAUGACGGAGGAAGAGAGAGGGAAAGAGGUUUAAAAAAGAGAGAGGAAGAGAGAGAUAGAGAGAGAGAGAUAGAGGAAGAGAAUAUGAGGAGGAGAGAAAGGGGAAGAGAUGGAGGGAUAGAGGGGGAGAAAGACAAGGAGAGGGAGAGAGAGAGAAAAAGAGAGAGAGAAGACGAGAGUGUGUGAGAGAGAGAGAAGGUGCAGAGUGAAAAAGACCUGACCUAUAAGAGGGAGGGAGAGGGAUAGAUAGAGGGAGAGAGAGGGAGAGGGAUAGAUAGAGGGAGAAAGAGGGAGAGGGAUAGAUAGAGGGAGAGAGAGGGAGAGGGAUAGAUAGAGGGAGAAAGAGAGAGAGGGAUAGAUAGUGGGAGAGAGAGGGAGAGGGAUAGAUAGAGGGAGAAAGAGAGAGAGGGAUAGAUAGAGGGAGAGAGAGGGAGAGGGAUAGAUAGAGGGAGAGAGAGGGAGAGGGAUAGAUAGAGGGAGAAAGAGGGAAUGAGAAAUAAGGAUAGAAGGAGAGCACAGUGCCUGGGUCUUUAGCUCUGUGGGCUAACUGUACUUUGAACGAGAGUAAUAUAGAGGGAUAGAUAGAGGGAGAGGGAGAGAGAAAAGAAAGAGGGAAAGAUGUAGGUCUUUGCCUCUGAGGGCUAACUGUAUUUUGACUACUCUCCUAAUCUGAUGGUGUUUAUUUGCCUUCCCCGGGGCCACCUGACCACAGGACAGGUACAGAUGUAUAGACCUAUUUCACUCCCCGGGAUAUUUUUAAACUCCUUUUCCACAUAUUUUACAUUUUUCAUCCUCUCUCUCUCAAUAGUCUCAAUAGUGCUUUUUUAAAGCCAAACUCUAAAUUUAGACAUCUUAUGUAUGUAUAGGGCUACCCCCCUUUUAACCCAUCUACAGAGAUGAUAUUGUGCAAGUUGGGUCUUUUCCUGGUCGUUUUAAACAUCAACAUCACCGUCUCCUUAGAGACCUAAGCACACACUGACUGAACUGACUGUACCACUUGGGAUGUGUCUCAAAUGGCGUCCUAUUCCCUAUUUAGUGCACUACUUUUGACCAGAGCCCUAUGUGAAUAGGGUGCCAUUUGGAAUGCAACCUUAGAAUGUCUCGGCUAGUGCCAGUAGCGAUGGCCGGGCUGGCAGAGAUGUGAGCCAUCAAUAGCAUGCUUAACAUAGUUGCUGCUAUCAGACCAUGGGCCGUGGUUCUGUAAUGAAAUGUGUGCGUGCUGCAUGGAUGGACUUAACCUCUGCCUCCUGGAACCCCUGGACAAAGAGACUGUAGGGAGAAACAGCAUGGAUGGACUUAACCUCUGCCUCCUGGAACCCCUGGACAAAGACACUGUAGGGAGAAACAGCAUGGAUGGACUUAACCUCUGCCUCCUGGAACCCCUGGACAAAGACACUGUAGGGAGAAACAGCAUGGAUGGACUUAACCUCUGCCUCCUGGAACCCCUGGACAAAGAGACUGUAGGGAGAAACAGAUUAAAAUGAAGGGGCUAGUUAUUUUACAGUAGCCCUGCUGCCAAUCCUGGACUGCGUCCCAAAUGACAUCCUAUUCUCAACUACUUAUGGGCCCUGGUCAAAAUUGCACUACAUAGAGAAUAUAAUGCCAUUUAGGAAGUAAUCGUUAUUAUAGCAGCAACACGGAGAGGGGAAGGGAAAUAGGGGAAUGCGCCCCGCUCUGGAAUGCAGUCUAGUACAGGUGUUUUCUGUGUCCUCUGAGACAUUUAAUGCCACUUUAACGAGGGGUUCAUUCAGUGAGGGCUCUGAGCUUCAGGAACACUGAAGAAUGGACCUUUUCUUCUGAUCCCCUUAUCUGUUUAUGUGAGGCUUGGAACCCCUUUUAGCUGGUCAGCUGGCGGACUCACGGGAUGGGCUGCCUUCUCCCUUUCAGCUUGGCUUUCAGGGGCUGCUCCAGCUCAGACAAAGUCACCCUGAAUGGGGCGUGUGUGUGUUAUUCCUCCCCCUAGCAGUAGAGAAAUCUAAUCAAAGUUUAUUGUUCGCGUACACAGUUUAGCAGAUGUUAUAGCGGGUGCAGCGAAAUGCUUAUGUUACUAGCUCUUAACAAUACAGUAAAAUAUCAAACAAGUACACACACACAAAAAUAGAAAUCAAGAGUAUGUUACAGUCCCUUAUGUCUCUCUGGAAAGAGAUCCUCGCUCUGAGCGCAUCUACUUUAUUGUCCAGGGACUGAAUGUUAGCGAGUAAUAUACUCGGAAGCGGUGGAUGGUUUGCUUGCGGCCUGAGUCUGACUACAUUUACAUUUUAGUCAUUUAGCAGACGCUCUUAUCCAGAGUGACUUACAGUUAGUGAGUGCAAACAUUUUUCAUACUGGCCCCCCGUGGGAAAUGAACCCACAACCCUGGCGUUGCAAGCGCCAUGCUCUACCAACUGAGCUACAGGGGACCCCAUCAACCUUUUUUUGGUUUAGCACCCAGGAUGAAUGGGGCUGCUUCGGGAAGUUCGAACAAAGGAUCCACAAAAAUGUGUCAGACCCCCAGUAGUCCUGCUUCAGCCAUUCCACCAAUUCAGAGAGAGGUGGCGGUGGAUACAGGGUGGGGGGAUGAGGGGUAGAGUAGGGUGUGGGUGUGUGUAUUAUUCUUAGAUCCACUACUCUCAAGAGACAGACAGCUUUCUUCUCAUUUCCAAUGAAAACAUUGUCCACUUUGCAGCUAACUGAAGAAGCGUUUUUGUUCUAAUGGAUUAAGUUUCCACGUUAGAGGAAUAACCUUUUCUCCAUAUUUAUAAAUCAGUAAAAACCUCUUCUAGGGAGUUUUUCACGUGUUAUAAGCAAUUACAUAAACACACAAACUCCUAACAUUACAAUUAUACAAUAAUUAAAACCAUUGUAAAACCAUUAAAACCAUGAGUCAUGUGUAGCUCAGUUGGUAGAGCAUGGCGCUUGCAACGCCAGGGUUGUGGGUUCGAUUCCCACGGGGGACCAGUAUGAAAAAAUUUGUGCAGUAACUGUAAGUCGCUCUGGAUAAGAGCGUCUGCUAAAUGACUAAAAUGUAAAAUGUAAAUGAUGCUAAUAAAACCAUGCCAACAGUCUCUGGAGAGCUUUGUUCAUCAUGCUCACCACACAAAUCACCAUCCAUCCAUUUCUCCAUCUAUGCAAGUCCAUUUAGCUCAAACAAUACCCCUUCUUUAUACAGUAUGAAUCAGGACUGAAACAUUUAAUCUCUCAUUUCAAGCACUUUGAACGGUGAGGCUGGAGACUUGAAGGGGAGUAUUGAUGGGGAAAGGAAUGAAUUGUCCUCUGUCUGUAAAUGAUGCUACCAGGUUAGUCUGGUCUCAAUCUGCUGUAUUAGGUAUCACCCAUCCCCUGGACAGAGAGCAGACAUACAGCCCCUAGAUGGGGUUGAGACAAGUAGAGAGCUAACAGUAGGCUCAUUCAUGUGUGGGACAAAGUAUGUAUUUUCAACAGUUUCAACCACAGAAUUAAAUAGAACACUAGAAUGGACAUUGGCUUUCCAGACAAUGUGACUAAUGGACAGCCAUCUUGGUAAGGGAAAUCUUUCAUUAUUUCACCUCUCCCUUAUGUCUAUAGAUGUCAGUGAGUGCUCCAGUAACCCAUGCCAGAACGGAGGGACCUGUGUGGAGGGAGUCAACCAAUACAAGUGCACCUGUCCACAGAGCUGGAGUGGAUCCAACUGUCAGCACCAGACACAGACAGGUCAGCAGUACCAGACUUCAUACACAUGAGAGCCUACCAUAGGACAUAGGAUCUAGAGACAAUUGCAUGAUAUUGCUAUUUGUUACUAUCUCACAUAUGAUGUUCUGUUGUACAUACUGUAUUUGUGGAUAUCUGUGCAUUGUUGUUAGUAUGUGUUGUGUUGUGGUAUGUCUGUCUAUGUGUUGUCAAGUCCUUGAUAUGUGUAUGUCCUUGUCUUUGUUGUUUGUCCAUGUAUUGUCAUGUACGUCUGCACGGUUGUGUUGUGGUUGUGCUGUGAUUGUAUUUGUGCCUGUGCUUUUUGUGCAUGGUUGUGGUUGUGUUGUCCAGUGGUGCACAGGCCCUCUCCGGGCCGCCGGGCGAAGUUUAAGCUCCUCCCUCUCCCUCUCUCGCGUUCAGCGCCGCCCGAGUGGAGCGUCAUGAACGACCCGGCAUUCAGCAGACGACCCCGUUGUGCCAAGGUGGACAGAGCCCAACACUGUAGCUGCGACGCUGGCUUUCACAUGAGUGGUACUUCGGACAACAGCAUCUGCCAGGGUGAGACAGUCAAUGUGAUGCUGUGUUUCAUAUGAGUGGUACUUCGGACAGCAGCAUCUUCCAGGGUGAGACGGUCAAUGUGAUGCUGUGUUUCAUAUGAGUGGUACUUCGGACAGCAGCAUCUGCCAGGGUGAGACAGUCAAUGUGAUGCUAUGUUUUAUAUGAGUGGUACCUCAGACAACAGCAUCUGCCAGGGUGAGACAGUCAGACAGUGAUCUAGCCUGGUUAGUUUGGUUAUAUUAACAUGGUUAGUCUUGUUCAGUCUGGUUUAACCAGGCUAUGCCAAAGUGGACAGAGCCCAACACUGUAGCUGUGAUGCUGUGUUUCAUAUGUGAUUAUUAUUAUAUUAUAUUAUUAUAUGAGUGGCACCUCAGACAACUCCCAUCUGCCAGGGAAAGACUGGCCUUAUCCAGAAACAACCCCUAGCAUCUAGCCCCUACCCACUAAACACUAGUUAGGAUCUGAGAGGAUUGGAUAGAUUUAAGAAAUAUGGUGGCGAUAUCUCCACCUUCCAAUAAUUUGAAAGAUAACAAAUACUAUUUGAACCCAGGUCUGCUGCUUGACAUGGCUGCAAUGUCCAGACCCUGGAGCACCCCUUUCCCUCUCCUGUGCUGUUCCAGGAAUGUCAUGUUAUUGGUCCUGACUCUUAAUUAGGCAUUAAACAACUCUCUCCUGACCCCAUGCCAGACAGAACAGAUCAGAGAUUCGACAGAGGGGCUCUUGCUUUUACCCCAAAUCCUUCUACCUACUGUAUCCUUCUACCUAUCCCUCUCUUUGUGAGGACAAAUGCUGGGAGACGCGAAGCAAGUACAGGGAGUGAACAUUUAAUAUAUACAGACAUGAAACAAAACACGGACAGCGUCUGGACAGGGGAAACAUAACAACAUCAAUGCAGACACGGGGAUCAAACUGAGGAACAGACAGAUAUAGGGGAAGUAAUUAAGCAGUGAUGAAGUCCAGUUGAGUCCAAUGAAGCGCUGAUGCGCGUAACAAUGGUGACAGGUGUGCGUAAUGAUGGGCAGCCUGGCGCCCUCGAGCGUCAGGGAGGGGGAGUGGGAGCAGGCGUGUGUCACGACUUCCGCUGAGGCUGCCUCCCCUCCUUGUUCGGGCAGGCUUCGGUGUUCGUCGUCACCGGCUUACUAGCUACUGCCGCUCCAUAUAUCAUCAUUCCAUUUGUCUUGUCUUGUCAGUUACACACACCUGGUUCUUAUCCCCUCAUUAGUCUGUAUAUAAGUGUUCCCUAUGCCCCCCUUGUCCUUGUGGGUGAUUGUUAUUUGUGAGAGUAGUGUAGCUCGGUGGAGCUACUUGCACUUUGUAUUGCCAGGGUAGAUAUUUCCCCAGUGCCUGUAUAUUGUUGGAGUAUCCCGUACCGUGUAUUGCCAGGGUAGAUAGUUCCCCUGUGCCUGUUUUCGUGUGUCGCUAUCCAGCGCAAUUGUGUACGACGGAAUAAACUCUGUAUUCUGUGAUUUACCCUCCUGCGCCUGACUCCUUCUAUCACACUCAUCACAGAAUCACCACCAACUAUGGAGUCAGAGGGAGAGGAGCGCAUGCCUGGAGUCGUGGCACGGGUCCAGGAGCAUUCCACGAUACUGGCCAGCUUGAGGGAAGCGAUGGAUCGGGUUCUUCAGGUCGUCCAACGCCUGGAGAGGAGAGGACCCGAUCUGUCGAGACCAGCUGGCCAACCGGAUCCAGCCACCUACACCCCAGCACCUGGAGGGAUCCAGAUAUCCCGACCACGGCCAUUCGACGGGACGGCGGCGCUCUGCCAGCUCUACUUCUCCAGCAUCAGGCCGGCCCCAUCGGAGCGGGAGAAGGUGUCCGUCCUCGUUUCCUGCCUCUCGGGGAAAGCCCUGGAGUGGGCCAACGCGGUUUGGAACGAAGGAGGAGCCGCGUUGGAGAACUACGGGGAGUUCGCUCACCUCUUUCGGGCGGUCUUCGAUCACCCGCCCGAGGGUCGAGAGGCGGGCGAGCGGCUGGUCCACCUGAGGCAGGGGACGAGGACCGCGCAGGACUUUGCGUUGGAGUUUCGGUCUCUGGCAGCGGGAUCCGGGUGGAACGAGCAGGCCCUGAUCGACCAUUUCCGGUGCCAUCUGCAGGAGGACGUCCGACGGUAGCUAGCCUGCCGGGACACCAUGUUGUCUUUCACGCAACUGGUGGACAUGGCCAUCCGUUUGGACAACCUGCUGGCAGCCAGAGGACGUCCUGGUAGGGGUCUGCCCGUUUCCACCCCGGACGACUCGGAUCCCGAGCUGAUGGAGCUGGGUGGAGCCGCUGUCCGAGAGACCGGAGGACGACAGCGACAGUGCCACUCUGGUGGCACGAAGGGACAGUACACCACACGUAGUCGUCAGCACUCUUUUGGGUCUGGAGGCGGCAGGCAGGGCACUCUUCGCAUCACCCCAGGUAUCGAACACCCACACUCGUUCAGAGCCCUCUGCUGCACACUGUACCCUACCUAUCUACUUUCCUGAUCACAUGGUAGUUCCCCAGUGUAAGGCGCUAGUUGAUUCAGGCGCAGCUGGGAACUUUAUGGACAGGGCAUUCUCACGCCGUUAAGGCAUUACAUUGGUUCCCCUAUCCAUUCCACUCCCCAUCAGAGCACUUGAUAGUUGACCAUUAGGGUCUGGGUUUGUUAAGGAAGUUACUGUACCAGUCACCAUGAUCACCCAGGAGACUCAUUGUAAGCAGGUUACUUUUUCUAUUAUUGAGUCUCCUGCUUUCCCUGUGGUAUUGGGUAUCCCUUGGCUAGCACUCCACAACCCCACCUUCUCAUGGCCGCAGAGGGUUCUCACGGGGUGGUCGCGAGAGUGUCAAGGUAGGUGUGUAGGUGUUUCCGUUGGUGCAACCACGGUGGAAAGUCCAGACGGUACCUCCACUGUGCGCAUUCCCCCCGAAUACCAUGAUCUGGCGCACGCGUUUUCUAAGACGCAAGCGACCAAAUUACCAACUCAUCGGGCGGGGGAUUGCGCGAUAAACCUUCGGGUAGAUGCUGUACCUCCCAUGAGUCAUGUGUACCCCCUGUCGCAGGCUGAAACGGAAGCUAUGGAAACAUACGUCACUGAAUCCCUGGGCCAGGGGUAUAUACGUCCCUCCACUUCACCUGCCUCCUCAAGUUUCUUCUUUGUGAAGAAGAAAGACGGCAGUCUGCGCCCGUGCAUUGAUUAUCGAUCACUGAACAAGGAGACGAUAAGAUUUAGUUAUCCUCUUUCCCUAAUUUCUUCAGUGAUUGUUUCAAUGCAUGGGGCGCACUUCUUCACCAAAUUAGAUCUCAGGAGUGCAUACAACCUGGUGCGUGUUCAGGAGGGGGAUGAGUGGAAGACAGCAUUCAGCACAACCACGGGGCAUUAUGAAUACCUGGUGAUGCCCUACGGUUUGAUGAAUGCUCCAUCCGUCUUCCAGUCCUUUGUGAACGAGGUGUUUCGGGACAUGCUUGGUCGCGGUGUGGUGGUCUACAUCGAUGACAUCCUGGUGUAUUCCGCUACGCGCGCCGAGCAUGUGUCCCUGGUUCACAAAGUGCUGGCCCGACUGUUGGAAAAUGACCUUUAUGCCAAGGCAGAGAAGUGUAUGUUUUUCCAGCAGUCCGUCUCCUUCCUCGGAUACCGCAUUACCACCUCAAGUGUGGAGAUGGAGGGAGAUCGCAUUUCAGCCGUGCGUAAUUGGCCGACUCCAACCACGGUUAAGGAGGUGCAGCGCUUCCUUGGCUUCGCCAACUACUAUCGGAGGUUUAUCCGGGGCUUUGGCAAGGUCGCAGCUCCCAUUACAUCCCUGUUGAAGGGUGGGCCAUCCCGGCUCCGCUGGUCUGCUGAGGCUGACCUGACCUUCAGUAAACUGCAGGGUCUGUUCACCUCACCCCCGGUACUGGCCCACCCCGAUCCAUCACUACCGUUCGUAGUGGAGGUGGAUGCGUCCGAGGUAGGGAUAGGCGCUGUCCUAUCUCAACGCUCGGGCACGCCACCCAAGCUCCGCCCCUGUGCCUUUUUCUCUAAGAAGCUCAGCCCGGCGGAGCAGAACUACGACGUUGGUGAUCGGGAGCUGUUGGCUGUUUUCCGAGAUUUGACCGUGUGGAGGCAUUGGCUUGAAGGUUGCGAAACACCCUUUCCUCGUCUGGAUGGACACCCGUAACCUGGAGUACAUCCGGGCAGCGAGGAGGCUGAAUUCUCGCCAGGCCAGGUGGGCCCUAUUCUUCACCCGGUUUGAUUUUACACUGUCAUACAUUCCGGGUACGAAGAACGUGAAGGCAGACGCAAUGUCCCGGCUGUAUGACAUAGAGGACAGGCCCAGAGACAACACCCCCAUACUCCCGGCCUCCUGCAUUGUGGUCACCCAGGUAUCGGUCGUACAGUGUGCUGCCUGACCGGAAGGUACUGGUGGCUUACCUUGACGUGAGGGUGUACAUCUCCUCCUGCUCGGUGUGCGCCCAGAGUAAGGCACCUAGGCACCUCCCAGCGGGUAAGUUACAACCUUUACCAGUUCCACAACGACCAUGGUCUCACCUAGUGUUGAUUUCUUGACUGAUCUUCCCCUCUCCAAAGGUAACACCACCAUCCUGGUCAUUGUGGACCGCUUUUCCAAGUCCUGCCACCUCCUUCCUCUGCCCGGUCUCCCCACGGCCCUGCAAACUGCGGAGGCCCUGUUUACUCACGUCUUCUGGCAAUACGGGGUACCAGAGGAUAUAGUGUCCGACCGAGGUCCUCAGUUCACGUCCAAGGUCUGGAAGGCAUUCAUGGAACGUCUGGAUUUCUCGGUCAGCCUGACCUCUGGGUUCCACCCGAGUCUAAUGGGCAGGUGAAACGGGUAAAUCAGGAUGUGGGUAGGUUCCUGCGGUCCUACUGCCAGGACCGGCCGGGGAAGUGAUCGGUGUUCUUGCCAUGGGCAGAAUAUGCCCAGAACUCUCUCCGCCACUCCUCUACUAACCUAACGCCCUGGCGUACUCUGUCCGUUCUAUCCUGGAUUCGAGGCGCCGGGGGGGGGGGGGGGGGAGGCCUUCAGUACCUCGUGGAGUGGGAGGGGUACGGUCCGGAGGAACGGUGCUGGGUCCCGGUGAGGGAUAUCCUCGAUCCCUCGCUGAUGCGAGAUUUCCACUGUCGCCAUCCGGCUCGCCCUGCUCCGCGUCCUCCUGGCCAUCCCAGAGGCCAGGGUCAGCCCUGCUGGAGCUGCGCAUCAAGGGGGGGGGGGGGGGGGGGGGGUACUGUCACGACGUCCGCCGAGGCUGCCUCCCCUCCUUGUUCGGGCAGGCUUCGGCGUUCGUCGUCACCGGCUUACUAGCCACUGCCGCUCCAUAAUUCAUCAUUCCAUUUGUCUUGUCUUGUCAAUUACACACACCUGGUUCUUAUCCCCUCAUUAGUCUGUGUAUAAGUGUUCCCUCUGCCCCCCUUGUCCUUGUUGGUGAUUGUUAUUUGUGAGAGUAGUGUAGCUCGGUGGAGCUACUUGCACUUUGUAUUGCCGGAGUAGAUAUUUCCACUGUGCCUGUAUAUUGUUGGAGUAUCCCGUACCGUGUAUUGCCAGGGUAGAUAGUUCCCCUGUACCUGUUUUCGUGUGUCGCUAUCCAGCGCAAUUGUGUACGACGGAAUAAACUCUGUAUUCUGUGAUUUACCCUCCUGCGCCUGACUCCUUCUAUCACACUCAUCACAGCGUGACAGUCUUUCUAUUCUUCUGUGCUGUAUUCCUGUCUCGAUCCUUGUAAAUAUAUGACUCAAGGGCAGGAAUGAUCAACUAGAUUCAGGCUCGGGACAAUUUCUUCUUGAGCGGAUGGUCGGGGGGGCUGGAACAUAAUUACAAAUAAUUUGUAAACUGCAAAUUGACCGCAAGAAGCCCAUACAAAUACAAUAUUUGACUAAAACAUAAUCAUUUCAAACCUUCUUUACAUUUCUAUACGAUCAAAUAUCUCUCUAUUAUGUGUGGAAAUACUUGGGAACCGAUUUCCAAAAUUAAAAUCACUUGGAGCUGAUUUCCUGGUGUUUUUAUAGUCUUUUAUGUCCAACCAUGAAAAUAAAUCAGUUAGUUUUUUGCUCCGAAAACUUGAGGGGCCAAAUGAAACCACUCUCCCCCCCUCCUCUCUCUCCUUCUCCCAGAUGUGAACGAGUGUGAGGUGUACCGGCUGGACCAGGGGGGCAAGCUGUGUGUGUAUGAGUGUGUCAAUGUCCCUGGCUCCUACCAGUGCUCCUGCCCCAGAGGCUACAAGCUGCUGCCUGAUGGAAGGAGCUGUGAGGGUGAGUGACAGGAGGGUAGGAGGGUGUGAGGGGAUGGAGGGGGGAAGGGAGGGUAGGAGGGGAUAGAGGGAUGCGGGCAGAAUGGAGGGUAGAAGGGAAUGGAGGGAUGCAGGGCGGAAGGGGGGUAGGAUGGGAUGGAGGAUAGGAGAGGAUGGAGGGCGGUAGGGAGGGUAGGAGGUAGAGGUCUUCAUGGUUUCAACAGACCCGAAAUUCCAAGAUCCACCAGGGACCCAAGCCGGUCCUAGUCCUAGAUUCUGACUUUUGUCUUGGAUCUGGGUCUGGUCUGAUAUAAUUGCCAGGGGUCUCUGGGAUGUGCAAUUAAAAUGUAUUAACAGACUGGACCCGAUUGCACCUGUACUCAGUUAAUUUAGUGUUUGUGUGAUGAGAACGCGAGCUUGUUAUCUGUGUCAGCCAAUUGCAACUCAAUAAAACGUAUAGCUUAUAUCCAGCUGAAACUGGUUCCGGCUAUUCGCCUCAAGUGCGCCUGCUGCUGAGGAGAGAGAGCGAGAGAGUGAGUGAAAGGAGCCUUGGCCUAGGCUACUGUUGAUUGCGAAGUUGGUCCUUUUUCAUUUAAGAAAAUGUUCAGAUAGAGGAGAAAGAGUAUAGUGAAAAGAAGCCGAGAAGGGGAAUGUCCUCGGGGACGACAAGGGGAAUGUCCUCGGGGACGACAAGGGGAAUGUCCUCGGGGACAAGUUUGAAUUUUGUAGUGGACAAAGAUGAGAAGGACGUUGGCGUGGCUGUGUGCAACUCGCUAUUCAGGUUUGAUGCAAUUUUCUACCUUUUUUAUUGAUUUAUUUUCGUAUUCAUUAUCAAUUGUUUAGUCGUUAAUAUUAUUGUAAAUCAUUAUGAUUAUUAUGAUUAUGAUUAUGAUUAUUAUUGUUGGACUAUUUAAUCAUCAAAACCAGUUCUUUAAAUAGCCUAUGCAAAAAUUGUUUUGUUUCUUUUUGUUGAGACAUUUUCGUGGCUAAAUUCAGUUCUGUCUUUAAUUUUGUACUCCGAAUUUAGUUUAAGGUUAAAAGUAGGCCUGUUGUAAAAUAAAUAGUAUUAGCCUCUUGCUGUCAUUUGUUGGGUAGGCCUACGGUAGGCAAUUGCCAUUUGUUGGUAAUUAAUGUAAUGCCGCAAUAUAAUAACCUAUUUGUAUUUUCCCUAUAAACAAUGACUUGACUUACUUUUGAUAUUACCCUGAUAAAGUUAAACAACGUUUGUGAAGGUUUGGUGUGGUAUGGCUAUUAUUAGGCUUAGCUACAGCAGGCCUAUAAAGGCAAUGCGCACCGGCACUCCAACUGACUCCAACUGACUCCAACUGAGUCCAACUGACUCCAACUGACUCCAAUUGACUCCUCUAGAUGCACACACACACUACAUGUUAAUGUUUUUAAAUGUAUGUAAGUUACAUUGUAAAGUAUUUUGUCUGUCAUGUAUUUUUCGUUAUGUGUCGGACCCCAGUAAGACUAGUUGUCGCCAUUUCCUUCGGCUAAUGGGGAUCCUAAUAAAUCAAAUCAAACAUCUUGAGGAAGAAUGUUUUAGGACUACCAGAGUUACUCCUUUAAUCUAACAAUAAUGCGUAUCAUUAUCAAAUAUAUUCUGAGCGAAAAUUCACGAAUUAGCGUCCUUCUGUACACCUAUAUCUGUAUAGCAGUAGUAGCCUAUCUGACAAGUAUAAAUAAAUCCAUGUCGAUGUCAGGAACAUGGCGCCGGCAUAUCUCUAUCUUCCUCUCGGUCUCUCUAGGGCUAGGCCUAAGCUUGUCUCCUUUAAUAUUUAUUUUUUAAAUAUUAAUAUCAUACUGUGGACACUUAGGCCUUAUACAUGCAAUGCCCUGAUGCAUGUAGCCUAUCGCUCAAAUCUCCAACAGCUGAACCGUGAGGUAGACAACUAUUGUUUUAGGAAAGUAAAAACCAAUAAAACAAAAGACUACUAUCGAAACACAACUAACGUUAAUAGUUUUUUGGGUAAUUUGUUAUAGGCAGUUUUUAAGGACAAAUAACUGUGGAUCAUUUGGCCAAUAUCGCUUGUUUAUUGAUGGCGCUGGCAGUGCCCAGUUGGAGGUGUCUUUCUCUCUCUCUUUCUCUCAGGAUCUGAACAGGUCUGUCGAAUCCCAAACAGCACGGGUCUGUUUUGGUCUGUUUUCCACUGUGCUUUUCGGAAAGGGUGUGACUGUCCUCGGUUUCGUUCGGAAUAUAUAUAUAUAUAUAUAUACAGUAUAUGCAUAUCGGGUCGGGUGGGAAAGCCACGGAUCCAUUUCGGAACGGAUCCAACUUUUUGGACCGGUGAAGACCUCUAGUAGGAGGGGAUGGAGGACAAUGGCCCAUUCAUUUCCAUGGGUUUUGGCUGUGGCUCUAUGCAUGGGGCUGCAGCGCUGGGCUUAUAACUACAAAGCUACAGGCAGGGAGGGCCAGACGGGCUGUGUCUGGAAACGUUAGCUGUCAAAUCCUUGUGUCCUUGCUUCCUUGUGCUUUGAGAGGAAUUGAGUAAACAAGGCUGGAGGAUGGAGGAAGCAAUGAUUUGAUGGCUGGGUCAUUCAUACCAUCUAUAGCCUUUUGGACCACAUAACUUUUUUGGGGAAAAGUACCCUAUAUUUUUCAUUUGUUUAGCAUUCUAUCAGAAAAAGGACUUUCAGAAAAACAUAUUGGUCAAGCUCAGGCACUUAAAUCUCUAGAUGCAUAAUACACUACAGUCAUUGCAUAAUCCUAACAUGGUGGAACCUAACAGGGUGGAAAUAUGGAACCUAAAUUAGCCAUAUCUCUGUGGGUGAUUGAGAUUAAAGGAAAAAUCCACCCAAAACCACUAAUUCCUAUAAUUUACAGUGUUACAUAACACAAUAUGUUUCUCAUAGAAGUUGAUGAAUAACACCCGGGGUCAUGGGAACAUGGCAAAAACACCUACAUUGUCACGCCCUGGCUCGGGGGACUCUUAAAUGUUGAGCCAGGGUGUGGAAUUUCUGUUACAUUUUCUAUGAUUUCGUUCUAGAUCGUUUAUUUCUAUGUUGGCCAGGGUGGUUCCCAAUCAGAGGCAGCUGUAGCUCGUUGUCUCUGAUUGGGGACCAUACUUAGGCAGCCUGUUUUCACUAGUCAUUUGUGGGAUCUUGUUCCGUAAGGUUUGUGUUAUGACCUAGGACUUCACGUAUCGUUUGUUUUGUUGUUUUGGUUCUUGUUGUGUACACUUAAUAAAGUAUGUACGCCUAUCACGCUGCGCCUUGGUCCACAUCUGUUGACGAUCGUGAUAGAAGAUCCCACCUUGACUGGAUCAAGCAGCGUGACGAGGAGAGAGGAUGGACUUGGGAGGAGAGGAGAGAGAGUCUGGCGAGAGGGAUGGAGGCUAUGAUCACGGGGGAGAGACAAGCCCAAUAAUUUUUUAGGGGGGGGGGCUCACGCCGUGGACGACGAGGCAGCAGGAGGCCGCGAUAGAGCGGUUCAGCCGGUUAGCAGAGGAGGCCACCGGGUUACGGGGGCUAUUGGUCAUGAGGGAGAGGGAGAGUGUAGAGGCACGGCGAGAGGAACUGGUUAGGCAGCAGAAGGAGCGGAGGUUUAGAAGGAAACCCAGUCCCGCUCCUCGCACCAAGCAAGUGGUGUGUGUCACCAGUCCGGUCCGGCCCGUUCCUGAUUCCCGCACAAGGCCAGUGGUGUGUGUUCCCAGUACGGUCCGGCCCGUUCCUGCUCCCCGCACUAAGCCUGUGGUGCGCGUCGCCAGCCCGGUCCGGCCUGUUCCUGCUCCCCGCACCAAGCCAGUGGUGCGCGUCGUCAGCCCGGUCCGGCCCGUUCCUGCUCCCCGCACCAAGCCAGUGGUGCGUGUCGCCAGCCCGGUCCGGCCCGUUCCUGCUCCCCGCACCAAGCCAGUGGUGCGUGUCGUCAGUCCGGCACUGACCGUGCCUGUUCCACCGGUGCCUAGUCCGGCACCGGUCAGCUGCUCCACACCGGAGCCAGAGCAAUCCGCUCCACCGGUGUCCAGUCCAGCUCCGGCCAGCGGGGCCAGACCAGACCAGGGGCGCUACGGGGGGGUAGAGAGAGAGUGGUGGUCACGCCCGGAGCCGGAUCCGCCUCCGAGGCGGAAUGCCCACCCGGCCCCUACCCCGUUGUGUUGGUGUGGCGCGGUCGCAGUCCGCGCCUUUGGGGGGGGGGGGUACUGUCACGCCCUGGCUCGGGGGACUCUUAAAUGUUGAGCCAGGGUGUGGAAUUUCUGUUACAUUUUCUAUGUUUUCGUUCUAGAUCGUUUAUUUCUAUGUUGGCCAGGGUGGUUCCCAAUCAGAGGCAGCUGUAGCUCGUUGUCUCUGAUUGGGGACCAUACUUAGGCAGCCUGUUUUCACUAGUCAUUUGUGGGAUCUUGUUCCGUAAGGUUUGUGUUAUGACCUAGGACUUCACGUAUCGUUUGUUUUGGUUCUUGUUGUGUACACUUAAUAAAGUAUGUACGCCUAUCACGCUGCGCCUUGGUCCGCAUCUGUCGACGAUCGUGACAUACAUCCACUGAAAAAAAAGUUUUCAAAAUGCAGAAAAUUGUGUUUUUAAGGUAAAGGGCACCUGACCUUAUAUUUAAAGCCUUUUGGAAUCCACCUUUUACACAAUUUUACAUUCAAUAAGAAGUUAUAUUUUCUGGGAACAGAAAAGGCACCGCAUUGUAGGAAUGCUGUAGCUCAGUUGGUAGAGCAUGGCGCUUGCAACGCCAGGGUUGUGGGUUCGUUUCCCACGGGUGGCCAGUAUGAAAAUGUAUGCACUCACUAACUGUAAGUCGCUCUGGAUAAGAGCGUCUGCUAAAUGACUAAAAUGUAAAUGUAAAAUGUAGGAAUGACCCAGCUAGACACAGCCUGGUUCCUGGCUAUGGCUCUGUAUAAUGGGUAUAAUGGGGCUGAUGGGGUUGUGGUGCUUAUCACUCCUAAGCUACAGGGAGAGCAGUGAUUUACAUGAUUUACUCUGCUUGCUAGACCCAUUAGGACACACCAAUGGAGCUUCCAGUACAUUAAUAAAGGUGAAAUCCUUCCUCCAGCCUCUCUCCCCUGACCCCUGUCCGUAGUCCUCAGUCCAGUUUCAUCUGUAGCUUCUCACACUGCUCUGCUGCUGGCCAGUGGAAUGGAUGAGAGAAUGGUAGAGGAAGGAUGGAAUAGAAGGAUGGAGAGAAUAAAGGGAUAAACAAAUCAUGGUUUAGCUUAGCUAUGGAUGGAGAGAGAGAGAGAGCAAGAGAGAGAAAGAGAAGACUGGUGGCUGUAUGUAUUUCUGUGGAUGUGUUCAGGGCCCAGCCUUUCUCUCUGGCCUGGCCAUAGUCUCUACUCCCCAGUCCAGUUUCAUCAGCUCCCCUGUAGCUUAUGAAGCGUUACCUUCUCUGCUGGCCAGCGGAAGAACAGAUGACCUCACUACUUCCCAGCAGAACAGACCAGAAGGAAUGUCUUGAUCCAGGAUGUGAGACGAGUCGUUUGGGGGAGACUAAACUGAACAACCAAAUAAACAGUCAGUCCCACAGUCCUCUAGUCUAGCCCUCCUGUCCGCCUGCCCCGACGAUGGUAACCAGGAAGCAGGGUGCCAGUCAGGCGGGUCAGAGGCUGGACGUCUCAAUCUUUAUUUCUCUGUUUAAUUUAUUCUCUCAUUCUCUCUCUCUUUCUUUUCUUUCUCUCUGUCCUACCCCCCCCCCCUCUCUCUCACUCUCCCUCUCUCAUCUCUCCCCCUCUCUCUUUCAUUCCUCUCUCAUGGUGUCCUCCAGAUGUGGAUGAAUGUCUGACCCAGCAGCACAACUGCAGUAGAGGAACAACAUGUAUCAACACUGGAGGAGGGUUCCAGUGUGUGAGCCCUGAGUGUCCCCGAUCACACGGCAACAUCAGCUACGUCAAGACGUCUCCCUUGUAAGUAGAUACAGAUAGACACCCCCUGGUCUGUGUCUGUGUCUGUGUCUGUGUCUGUAUUAUUCCUCCCCCAGCAGUAGAAUAAUGUGUCAGACCCCCAGUAGUCCUGCUGUAGGCAUUCACCAAUCCAGAGAGAGGUGGCGGUGGAUACUGCCACGCUGUGUGUGUUAUUCUUAAUCCCGUGAUAGAGCCACUACUCUCAAGUGACAGACAGCUUUCUUCUAAUUUCCAAUGAUAAUAUUGUCCACUCUGCGGCCAAAUGAAGAAACUUUUUUGUUUUGCAAUUAUUAAGUUUCCAAUCUAGAGGGAUAGCCAGAUAUACAGUAUAUCUUCUGCAUACUUAUUCAUUUGCUAUAGGUUUUAGGGAAACAAACACACAGUCACUGGAAGGCGUGUGUCUCUUAAAAUGAUACAGGAACUCAUAGGAAUGCUCAUAAAACCAGACCAGUAUGACUUAAACAAAUUAUGUGAGUAGAAAAAUCUCAAAACAAUACAGUUUCUUCAUACAGGACGAAUCAGGACUGAAACAUCUCGUCUCUCAUUUCAAACACUUUGACCAGGGAUGCUUGACCGAGUACUAACGGGGAAAGGAAUUCAUUGUUCUCUGUUUGUAAAUGAUGGUACCAGAUUGUGUGUGUUUCAUUCUGUGUGCUGUGUACUCAUUUGUAUGUUCAUGUCACUAGAGUCUAUCGCUCUCAAAAUAAGUCAAAAUGACAUCAACAACUCCUCUCUUCUCCCCCACAGUCAGUGUGAGAGGAACCCCUGUCCCAUGGAGAGUCGUUCCUGUCACCUGGCUCCUAAGACGGUCUCCUUCCACUACCUCUCCCUCCCCUCUAACCUCCAGACCCCGGCUACCCUGUUCCGCAUGGCGACUGCCGCCGCCCCCGGCCGCCCUGGCCCAGACAGCCUGCGAUUCGGCAUCGUUGGGGGCAACAGCCGCGGGAUGUUCGUGAUGCAAAGGUCGGACCGCCAGACGGGUGAACUGAUCCUGGUUCAGGGGUUACGAGGACCGCAGGAUAUCAGUGUUGAUGUGGAUAUGUCCGAGUAUAGUGACCGCACCUUCCAGGCUAAGCAUGUGGCGAAGGUGCAUGUUCUUGUGUCGGCGUAUAACUUCUGAGGAGGAUGGACAGACAUGAGGAACAAGUGAGAGGGACAGAAGGAGGGAGAAGGAGAAGGAUAAAAAAAAUAGCAAUGGAGGGAGGGAGAAACGAGUGAGAAGGACAGAGGGAGAAGGAGAAGUUAAAAGAAAAUGAGAGAGAGGGACACAGACACAGAAUUGUUUGGACUGACGUUGACUAUAAAGUAUAUUAGUGAAGAUGUAACUGAAAUGAAUGAAUGGUUGAUUGAGGGAGUUAAUGAAUGAGUGUGAGUGACUAAACAUUUGUAAAACAAACUGACAAAGUGGUAAUGGAAUAGUAAUAUUAUUUUUCUUUCAUUCGCUCAGUAGUUGGGCCCUGGGGUUGCCAUAGUGACCGGAGGCGGCGCUCGUGUAUGUGCAAUGCCAUUGGCUAGAUCUGUCUAAAGGCCCACUGCUUAAUUUACUCCACUUAGUUUUCGUUAAAGCUAAUGAUCAAAAACGGCUGUAAAUAUCACAGAGUAGGCCUUUAAGAGUCAUGAACCCCUGUCUACUUCCAAAGUGUCACCCUAUUUCCUAUUAAGUGCACUACUUUUUAGUGCACUACGUACGGAAUGGGGUGCUAUUUGGGAUGCACACCCUGUAUAACAUGGCUCUGAUUUAUCUGAAUAUUUUGUUGCUGUUGUUUAUUGUUACAUACUCAGUGAUUCAAUGCAGUGUGCUUUUACAAUUUCUAUCAUUUACACCUGUUUUUUUACUGGCUUGCUUCGUGAGGACCUAAACUCUUAGAACAACUAAGAGCGGUUUUUAUUUAGUUGAGUUUUUUAUAUUGUACUUGGACAUAUUUCUACUAUGCUCAUAUUCGGUAUGUUAUUAAGAUAUGAUGUAAUUAUUACAUGGUAACUACAGUGAUUUGGCAGCCUUGCCAAUGCAGUGUACAAUAUAUCAGGCAUCUAAUGUUUUAAUAAGUCAUUACUAUUGCACAUAACUAUUUCUCCAUACAUGAAAUAAAGACGGUCCUACAAUACUAGUUUAGUCCCUAUCCCAAAAUGCAGUAUACAGUGAGGAAGGUCAAGUGAUCAGCAAUAUGAUCAGCAAUGUUCAGGACUAAAAUAGAAUUGAUCAGAAAUAAUUAAAAAACAUGUUUAUCAGGAAAGUCC